CUGUUUCUUAGCCACUGUGCCGGCCGAUUCUGUUAACGCCACAACCACCUCUGCCAGAGCAAUUGUAAUAUUAUAAAUUAUUUUUUUAUUAUUUUAACAUUAUCUUUCCCGUAAAAUUAAUUGAUUUAAAAAUAAUAAUUAAAGUUCAACAUCGACAAACAGAACAUACAUAUAUAUAUAUAACUAAAAUAUAUAUCUUAAUUCCAUAAAUGUUAUUUAUUGUUAAUUAAUUUUUCACGUUUAUUCGUUUGACGUAUUUCGAUAAAAUCGAUCUAAGAAAAAAACAAACAUCUUAAAAAAAAUGUUACAAAGUUAUAUCGUUGUGGCUGUGGUCGCCGUAUCGUGCGUCCAUGCUGCUAACAAGUCCGCCAAAGUCAUACCACCAUACAUAAAACAAUGUAUACGAAACGAUCCCAAACUGAACGAAUGUUUAGCCGCAGAAAUUAACCAUCUCAGACCUUAUUUGGUGCAAGGAAUUAAAGAAAUCGAAUUGCCGCCCGUGGAACCUUUCAGAAUGGACUCGCUGAGUUUAGCCAUUACCGGCGGAUCCAACGGAUACAAAAUAACCCUGAGGGACAUCGACUUGUAUGGGGCCAGUAACUUUUCCAUCCAAAAAAUUUUGUUGCGCCCGAAUUUGCCGUUCGAGGGUAAAGUGAGAAUUCCAAAAAUGACAAUGGACGCCAAGUACGCCAGCACGGGUGUUUUAUUGGUGUUGCCAGCCAACGGAAACGGAACUUUCCACGCAGAUUUAGGCGAUGUGAUUUGUACGGCCAAAGGAGUGGUUUCCAGUUACCAAAAGGAUUCGCAGGAAUACUACAACUUGGACGUUUUGGAAGUAGACUUGGUUAUCAAAAAAGCUUACAUGCUCGUUAGCAAAGUUAACAACAACAGGAUAAUUGUGGAAGCAACAAACUUGUUCUUGCGUGAAAACGGUCAAGAAGUCUUGCAAGUGAUGAUGCCUCAACUCAGAACUAAAUUGGCAACGAUUUUCAAAAGGAUAGUCAACCAACUGUUGACACACGUACCGGCCGAGACUUUCUUCAGCAACUAAACGAUUAACCUGAUGCAAAUAUUAUAAUAUGAAGAAAAAAAAUUAAGAUAUGCACAAAUCUAUUUUUUUUUUCAUUCGAGUACACCACUUAUCACGUUCUCGUAGUUUAAGACUUGUAUUUCAUUUAAGAUUACUGAUUAUAAUAUAUACUAAUAUUUGUAUAUUAUUAUUGUUUAAAUGAUAUUAUUUUUUACUAUUAUAUUUUUUUUACUGUUAAUUUUAAUAUAUUAUGUAUAAAAUCAA